AUGGGCCACCAUGCUCGCCGUGACUCUCUCUGCGGCUCCCUACUAGCUCCUAGGCCCGACUACCACGACUCCGACCCCGACCUCGUCUGGCCCUUCGGCAAGCUCGAUGGCAUAGACCGUGACGAUAUCCGCGAGACUGCCUACGAGAUCUUCUUCACCGCCUGCCGUUCUUCCCCGGGUUUCGGGGGCCGAAACGCCCUCGUGUUUUAUUCCAACCACGAGAAUGGUAGCGGGGAAGGCGGUGGGUCUGGGGCGGGGCCGAAGCCAAGCGGGGUGGUCACCACCCCGAUCAGCCGGAUAAAGAGGGCUCUUGGGCUUAAGAUGCUCAAGCGCUCUCCGUCGAGGAGGAUGAGUAGUGGUGGACGUUCAAGCCCGUCGUCUCCGAACGGGGCUUCAACUAUGGAAAGGUCUCCUUCAACUAUGGAAAGGGGUUCAGGAAUGUCGUUCACAGCGCCGCCAUCGAGGCCGAGGCGGCCAAUGACCUCGGCGGAGAUCAUGAGGCAGCAGAUGAGAGUCACCGAGCAGAGCGACGGCCGCCUUAGGAAAACCCUGAUGAGAACCCUCGUAGGCCAAAUGGGUAGGAGAGCAGAGACGAUAAUCCUCCCACUGGAGCUUCUCCGCCACCUAAAACCCUCCGAAUUCAACGACUCCCACGAAUACCACCACUGGCAAAAGCGGCAGCUCAAAAUCCUCGAAGCCGGUCUCCUCCACUACCCCUCAAUCCCACUCGACAGGUCCAACACCUUCGCCAUGCGUCUUCGUGAAAUCAUCAGAUCAGUCGACACGAAACCCAUCGACACUGGCAAAAACUCCGAUACAAUGCGAACCCUAUGCAACUCAGUAGUCUCAUUAUCAUGGCGGAGCUCCAAUGGAACCCCAACCGACGUUUGCCACUGGGCCGAUGGCUUCCCCCUCAACAUCCACCUCUAUGUAUCUCUCCUUCAAUCUGUCUUCGAUAUCAGAGACGAGACUUUAGUCCUCGACGAGGUGGACGAGCUUCUCGAGCUGAUGAAGAAGACUUGGUCCACUUUGGGGAUCACUAGGCCGAUUCACAAUGUUUGUUUCACGUGGGUUUUGUUCCAGCAGUAUGUUUCGACGGCGCAGAUUGAGCCGGACUUGUUGUGUGCGGCGCACGCAAUGUUGGCGGAGGUGGCCAACAAUGCCAAGAGGCCUGACCGUGAGGCUAUAUAUGUUAAGAUCUUGUCGGCGGUGUUGAGCUCCAUGCAGGCGUGGGCGGAGAAGAAACUGCUUCGGUAUCAUGAGUAUUUUCAGAGAGGGACAGUUGGACAGAUUGAAAACCUUCUUCCUCUAGCCUUGUCAUCAUCCAAGAUUUUGGGUGAAGAUGUUUCCAUCACAGAUGGGGCAGGGGAUGGGAAAGGUGAUACUACGUUGGUGGAUAACUCCGGUGAUCGUGUUGAUUACUACAUUCGAUCUUCCAUGAAACAAGCUUUCGCAAAGAUCAUAGAAGCUGGGAAUGUCACCGAGGUGAAAGAGGAGGCAGUGACUGAAGCUUUACUUCAAUUGGCCAAAGACACAGAAUAUUUAGCCUGUAAAGAGAGGGAGAGCUUCAGUCCCAUACUAAAGAGAUGGCACACAACAGCGGCGGGGAUUGCAGCCGUGACGCUGCACAACUGUUAUGGAGCUGUGUUGAAGCAAUACUUGAAUGGAGUGUCCACACUUACAGCAGACACAGUUGAGAUACUGCAGAGGGCAGGAAAGCUAGAGAAGGUUCUGCUCCAAAUGGUGGUGGAGGACUCUGCUGAAUGCGAAGAUGGGGGGAAAGCGAUUGUGAGAGAGAUGGUUCCAUAUGAAGUUGAUAGCAUCAUAGUGAACCUUUUGAAAAGAUGGAUUUAUGAGAGAAUGAAGAGAGGGAAAGAGUGUGUCAACAGAGCAAAAGAGAGCGAGACAUGGAAUCCAAAGUCUAAAUCAGAGCCAUAUGCACAAUCAGCUGAGGAGCUAAUGAAAUUGGCAAAGGAAAUUGUGGACGAGUUCUUUGAAAUCCCAAUUGGAAUUACAGAAGAUUUAGUUCAAGAUCUUGCUGAUGGUAUGGAACAUCUCUUCAAGGAGUACACCGCAUUUGUUGCUUCUUGCGGUUCCAAACAGAGUUAUAUUCCUACACUUCCUCCUUUGACAAGAUGCAACCGAGACUCAAAGAUCCUCAAGCUGUGGAAAAAGGCUAGCCCUUGUAGUAUUGGAGCUGAUGAUUUCCACCCAAAUGGAACAAAUGAAGGUCACCAUCCUCGACCUUCAACAAGCCGAGGAACACAACGCCUAUAUAUUCGCCUCAACACCUUGCACUAUCUUCUCUCCCACCUUCAUUCUCUUGACAAAAACCUUUCUCUCUCCCCUCGAAUCAUUCCUUCAACACCACGCAGCCGCUAUGCCAACAACCGGAGGGCCAACAAUUCCUCAUACUUCGAAAUCACCCAUGCAUCAAUCCAAGCAGCAUGCCAACAUGUCUCAGAAGUAGCUGCUUAUCGCUUAAUCUUCCUCGACUCCAACUCUGUCUUCUAUGAAAGUCUUUAUGUUGGUGAUGUAGCCAAUGCAAGAAUUAGACCUGCAUUGCGAAUUCUCAAGCAGAAUCUUACUCUUCUGGGUGCAAUUCUCACUGAUAGAGCACAGGCAUUGGCAAUAAGAGAAGUAAUGAGGACAUCUUUUGAGGCAUUCCUUAUGGUUUUGGUUGCUGGGGGAAGCUCCCGGGUGUUUUAUCGGAGUGAUCAUGAGAUGAUCGAGGAGGAUUUUGAUAGCCUAAAACGUGUAUUUUGCUCUCAUGGAGAAGGAUUAAUAGCCAAGGAUGUGGUGGAACAUGAGGCGGAGACAGCGGAAGGGGUGAUUGAUUUGAUGGGCCAGUGCACUGAACAACUUAUGGAAGAUUUCAGCAUUGUGACUUGUGAAACAAGUGGGAUAGGAGUUGUUGGUUCGGGGCAAAGGCUGCCGAUGCCUCCAACAACAGGAAGGUGGAAUAGAUCAGAUCCAAAUACUAUAUUGAGGGUCUUGUGCCACAGGAAUGACAAAGCAGCAAACCAAUUCUUAAAGAGAACAUUCCAGUUAGCAAAGAGAAGAUGAUUGACAUGAUGUAAAUGAUUUUUCCGUGUACAUUCAAAACCAGUGUAUUCUAGCUGUGGUGCAUUAUAGUACUAACUUCCGGCAUUGUAAUUACAAAAGAGAAAUUGAGGGAAGCGUGAGGGCAUGUUGAUGUAUGAAAUUUCACUGCAGCAUUAUGCUAAACCAAGAUGUAGCCGGGAAUGGAGAUAGAGAUGAUUGUACGAGUUUGUUGCCUUUGUUGUAGGCACUGUUGAACCUCAUGCAGAGUUGGGACAAAAGUUGUAUUCUAUCAUAGUGGUGAGCGCAAAUGGAAUUUGUGAAGUUCAAUUUUCCUUUAUUAAGAGAAAAA